CCUGCUCCGAGGGGUUCCCCCCAAGGCCCAGCGAGCCCGACCCUUAGAGCCAAUCCUUAUCCCGAAGUUACGGAUCCAUUUUGCCGACUUCCCUUAUCUACAUUGUUCUAUCAACUAGAGGCUGUUCACCUUGGAGACCUGCUGCGGUUAUGAGUACGACCUGGCGUGAAAACUAUUCCUUCCCGCGGAUUUUCAAGGGUCGUCGGGGCGCACC